AGACACACAGUUCCUGUCCUUGGAGUCUGGUCAGGGCAACAGACAACCCAGCAGUUAGCACCUGUGAUGAGCACUGUGGUGGGUGAGCAGGAGCUCAGGCCUUGGGAGCACAGAGGAGGUAGCACCUAGUCCAGCCCCUAGUCCAGCCCAGGUGGAGUCACAGAGGGCUUCUCAGAGGAGGCAACUUUUAAUCUGUGACUGAAAGAUGCAUAAGAUAUCUGGGAGGAGAAAUGAUGAAGCUGGAGACUGGAGCAGAGACGCCCUCAUGCCUGAAGACAACUGACAUGAUCAGAGACUAUGCAGUGAUACAAGCUUUGGAUUCACAGCUGGGGUCCUUCUGUGCUUUUCUAAGACUCUCACUUUGGAGCUGUGUGUGGGGGACCCAAGUCCUGAGCUCGGAGCCAUUUUCUGGCCAGGGCAUUCUCCUCCCUUCUCCUCUGCCCUUGGAGGAGACAUCGUCAGUGCCCCAUGGCUCUGGGAGGCAUGUUCAGGAAUGCGGCGGCCAUCUAUUUGCACCUGGUGGGGCCCUUCCGGGGAAAGAAGUCUGGAGCUUCGCUGGCCCGGUGUUUGCAUCAGACUCUCGUCAUGACCAAACAGCUGCAGGCUCGAAGGCUGGACGGGAUCGACCACAACCCAUGGGUUACCCACCCCUGACGAAGAUCCUGGCCAGUUUCUUCGGGAAGUUGCUGGGACAGGACAUAGACCCGCUCAAGAACGUGCUGGUGACUGUGGGUGCCUAUGGGGCCCUGUUCACAGCCUUCCAGGCCCUGGUGGACGAAGGAGACGAGGUCAUCAUCAUCGAGCCCUUUUUUGACUGUUAUGAGCCCAUGACACUGAUGGCAGGGGGUCGCCCUGUGUUUGUGUCCCUGAGGCCGAGCCGCAACCAGGAUGGGGAACUGGAUUCCAGCAGCAACUGGCAGCUGGACCCCACAGAGCUGGCCAGCAAGUUCACGUCUCGCACCAAAGCCCUUAUUCUCAACACACCCAACAACCCCCUGGGAAAGGUGUUCUCCAGGGCAGAACUGGAGCUGGUGGCCAGCCUGUGCCAGCAGCAUGACGUGGUGUGUAUCACCGACGAGGUCUACCAGUGGCUGGUCUACGACGGGUGGCAGCACGUCAGCAUCGCCAACCUCCCUGGCAUGUGGGAACGCACCCUGACCAUUGGCAGCGCUGGCAAGACUUUUAGUGCCACAGGCUGGAAGGUGGGCUGGGUCCUAGGCCCGGACAGUCUCCUGAAGCACCUGCGCACUGUGCACCAGAACUCCGUCUUCCACUGUCCCACACAGGGCCAGGCUGCAGUAGCCCAGAGCUUUGAGCGGGAGCAGCUGCACUUCGGCCAACCCAGCAGCUACUUUGUGCAGCUCCCACGGGCCAUGCAGAGCUGCCGUGACCACAUGAUACAAAGCCUGCAGUCUGUAGGCCUGAGGCCCGUGAUCCCCCAGGGCAGCUACUUCCUCAUCACAGACAUCUCGGAAUUCAAGAGCAAGAUGCCCAACUUGCCUGGAGCUGUAGAUGAGCCUUAUGACAGACGCUUCGUCAAGUGGAUGAUCAAGAACAAGGGCUUGAUGGCCAUCCCGGUCUCCAUCUUCUACAGCGUGCCACAUCAGAAACUCUUUGACCACUAUAUCCGCUUCUGUUUCACGAAGGAUGAAUCCACGCUCCAGGCCAUGGACAAGAGGCUACAGAAGUGGAAGGACGAGCUCAGGCCCUGACGUCACCCCCUGGGCCUGGCCCUGCCUGGUCCCUGCGCACUCUGCAGGGCUCUGUCUUUGUCCAGGUUUCAGCCAUUCCCAGCUUGGGGGUAGAUGGUACUGGAGGAUCUCUUCUCUGUAACACAGAAUGACCUCAGGGAAGAGCCCCCCCCCCCUUUUGGUCUUGGGGGAGUCAGGAGCACUUCCCCAUGGUGCAUAGCUAUGUUCCUAUUGCAGAGGUGAAGGAGGCCUGACCGGGGCCUCUCCCUGGUCCUACCUGUGCUGGGCUAUAUGGUCUUGAGUCCCCUCUGGCCUCCCCAGACUCAGCUGGGACUCAGAGGGCAGAGUUCAAUAGUGUAUUGGCCUUGGGUCUCAGCCCUGGCCCCAGCCAUGCACUGGCCCCAGCCAGGCCUCAAGCAUCCCUCCCUUUCCUUAUCCAAGCUUGAUUUUGGAAAGUUGCCCUCAGGCUUGACUCUUCAAGCCAGUACUUUUGCCCAUAAUAAAGUUUUAAGUUAUUCAAACUGU